AUGCCUACUCUCUCUAAAACGAACAAGGGUUCGUAUCCUCGAUGGUCCGGACCCGUGGUCACAAACCAGUUACCAUGGACUAAUAGAACAACUCAAUUGGAUACCCUACCGAGUAUUCUAGAGGAAGAUCGUACAUUAUGUAAACGAAAAAAAGCUAUAGCAAUCGGUUUUAUCCUGUGUGUACUGCUUGGCCUUGCUAUCGGAGUACCUUUCAUAGUGGAAACGAUAAACUUAACAACAACAUCGACUACAACAAGUUCUACAAGUACAACUAGUACUACAAGCACCACGAGCAGUUCAAGUUCUACAAGUAGUACUAGUACUACAAGCACCACAAGCAGCUCAAGUUCUACAAGUAGUACUAGUACUACAAGCAGCUCAAGUUCUACAAGUACCACUAGUACUACAAGCACCACAAGCAGUUCAAGUUCUACAAGUAGUACUAGCACGACAAGUAUUUUAUGUUUAAAUGGAGGUACCCCACUUUGGAACGGUACAUGUGCAUGUAAGAAUUAUACCACGGGUACUCAUUGUGAAACGCCACUUUGCCUUGUCGCUGGCUCCCUAUCCACGGCCUGCUCAAACAACGGUACCUGUNCGAAAACUACCAUGAUCGAUUCAACUAGAUACAAUAUCAAAUACAGUUUUUGA